CUUGAAAGGGACCACAUCAUCGUUGUUAAUAGUUUUAAAGAUGUGUCCUUUUUCUUUCAAUCAUCUUCCCUCUCACCAUCAUUAAUUCAAAAUGUACUUUGCAUCAUCUUUAAACUUUAUAGCACUUUGCGCUCUGGUCACUGCCACCUUUGCUGAUGCUGCAAUCGUUGCGAAACGAGACCCACCUCCUCCACCUGGUCCUGGCAAGCAACCCCAUCCUCAUCCUUCGCCACCCGCUGAUCCUCCCAGUGGUCCACAUCCCAGUCCUCAACGACCGAUCACAGAUGCAAUCAUAAUGGGUGAUAGCUAUACAGACAGCUGCAAUGUGUAUCUUCAAAAUUAUAAUGCCACAGGCGGUAAUCCAAAAUAUCCUUUCCCGACUUGUCCACCGCCACCUACCGGAAGAGCAGAUCAAGGCAGAUCUUGGCCGGAAUGGGUUCGGAUCGAUCAAGGACAAAAAGAGGAACCUGGAAGUCCUCCUGGUGGUGAACCGGUAAAUCCAUCUCAAUGGAACAUUGUCAACUUGGCUCAAAGUGGAGCUGUUUGUGAUAAUUCAAUCUUUCCACGAACUGUUCCUGAUAUUGGUCAACAAACAAAGUUAUAUCAAACCCACUAUAAUACCAAACCUGCAGCAUCACACAUUUAUACGCCUGCCGAUAGUACACUUUUGAUCAUGUUUAUCGGUACGAAUGAUGUUACUUACAUCGUAAAUGGAACAGGAAGUGUUGCACAAGAAACAAGUUGUAUUUCCUCAAAGUUAGACACGUUGCACACCUUGGGUUUCAAACGCUUUUUGAUGGUACAAAAUAUCAAUUUACAAGAUUGUCCACAACUUGCAAAUACAAAAAAUACAUCUUCCGUCGUACAUCAAGAUAAUGAUCAACAACAAAAACUCUUCAGUCAACUUACAAAGCAAUGGAAUGAUGGUACUUCUAUUGACAUUUUCCCCGCUUAUGAUUUGUUUAGCGCAUUCUAUGAUCAUCCAUCAGAAUAUGGUUUCGAUAACGUUCAUCAAGGUUGCAAUACUUGUUCAACUCCAGAUAAGUACUUAUGGGCAAACUCACUUCAUCCUUCUAGCAGAGCUUUCCACAUCUUUGCUAAGAAGGUUGUCAAGUUCACCAACGGUGUGAGAGGACAACAGCUCAUCAACGGCGCUGAAGGUGUUUGAAACACAAAAGCUCUUUAUACAUCGAUUCAUAUUGGGUUUGUAAUACAUUGUUGUCGAAAUCCAAAAAGUAGUGAUAUAAGUUCGCAAAAAACACAGGGAAAGCAGCUCAAGCAUUGGAGA